GCCUAUCUUUGUUGCUUCCACCGGGAGCCCACCAUAAGUUCUGGAAGUCAUGCCUCACGAUUCUCCCUUCGGAUAUAAUACAAAGCAUAACCGUGACUUUUACCAUUAGUCAAUUGAUCUAACCUGUACUUGUUUCGACACGCGCCGUGACAAUGCAUUUUUCCUUGCGGUAGGCGUGCGGCCGCAUUGUGUUGGAAGAGCGAACCCAAGCCAAACUUCUGAAGAUGACCUUCUCAUGCAGGCUGCAUGGCUGUGUCCUCGUGCAGGAAGCUCACCCAGGGCGUGUCCCGCAGUGUGCCUCCCUUGCUGAUUUUGUAGUGAUGUCUUCGUACAAUGCAACAUACCCUUCGGAUGGAUAUCGGUAUCGUCGUGUCCUAAAAAUCAAUACCUUAGAUGCCCUCGAUUGUAGUCUUGAGCGCGUGAAGAGCAUGGAUACUAGCCUUCGCGAGCAACUUCGCAAAGUGGACAAUAUAGCCACCAAAGUAAGCCCUCAGGCUCCCUCGAAGGCAUGCGAGCUGCGUCAGGCUUACACAAAAUUGGCAUGGACGUCGAAAGACGUGGCCGGAAAUGCUCGCGUUGCAGUAGACAGUCUCCGUCAACUCAUUGCCAUCUCAACUAAGGACGAUUCUUCUGCUGUCAUCACUGACUUAGGUGAUCUGCUUGAGUCAGUUGAUUUGAAAAGCCAAGAUGUUCAGAAGCUAGUCAAUUCGUCUACUUUUCUAGCCGAAGAGAUCUCGGUGUUGGGCUCUAAUCUCGACGAAGACAUUGAGAAUGUUAUUCUCAGCAAGAAGCAUCAACACGAGGAGGCCACUUCUAGGAAACACACGUUGGAAGAGGCUAAUGCGCCCCAGACAUACUGGUACCAGCCAAACUGGUCUCAAGUUAAGCCAAAGAACGUCCACAAUGUCGGCUUGGGGCACAAAAAGGCAGGCGGGAAUGUCUCCGGAAAGCCUGCAAACCAGCCCGAUCUCCAACAACAAUUGAGUAUUAUCGAGUGUGACAUACAAGACCUGCAAGAGCAGUGGGACGAAGCUGAAGAACUUUCCAGGCGUGUUGACAAUCUGCGCAUUGAUGUUAUUGCUCAAGAAGUCGCAGAACUUGUGCCACAGUGGGAAGUCCUCGCGGGACUGUAUCAUCAGUUGGCUAUCAAGAUCAGAUCUGUUCAGUCAGUUUUGCAGCAGCAGAAUGACAGGACACUGGAGGAUGUCAAACCAGAUUGGGAGCCACUUCUCGAAUGGCUGGAGCGGUGCUCUGGAAUCCUCGAAAGCUUCCAGAAGUCUAUCUGAACUGCCAUGGAGUCUUUUCAUGUCGUCUUUUUUGUUCCCAUCGAUUGCAUAUUGAUGUUUUUGUCUCCUGAUUUAGAGACCACCUCCUAUAUGGCUCACCCGCUCUGCCAUGAGGGUAUGACCUUGCUCCUUCAACUCAACAUUUCCUGAUUAUCCUGUACAAAAAAUUCUCGGAAUUGUCGGGAUCGCUAGAAAACGCUAAUGCGUUGAGUUUAAGAGCGAUAAAAUAUAACCUUACAGAGCACCGGCUUCUGGAAUUAUGUGCAUUAUACAAUAAUGAAAAGGAAGAUUGUACACAGGUAUCAGCCCUAAUGAAAGAGUCCUGUUGUACGCCGAACGAGGUUAUCUUAAAAUGUGAAUCAUCCCCGGAAACAGUAUCCUACCAUGAGUUACAACCCACUAAGCCUCAGAGCCAUCAUAUUACGAACCCAAGGCAUGCUUCCCAGUACC